UCAGCUUUUUCACCAUUGAAGAUCAGAUUGGGAGGUUCUUUGCAAGACAAGGUCAUAUAUGACACCGAUGAUAAUAAGGAACCCUGCAAGCAAUUUGUUAAAAAUACCACUGAGAUGUUUGGUUUCACCCAGGGAUGCUUGCCUAUGCAUAGAUGGGACGAAUUAAAUGCCUUUUUCAAGAAAUCAGGGGCUAAAAUUAUAUUUGGAUUAAAUGCUCUCCCUGGGCGGUCCAUACAUUCUGAUGGUUCUGCAACAGGAGCUUGGAACUAUACCAAUGCUAAAUCUUUUAUAAGUUAUACUGUCAAAAAGAACUAUUCUAUUCAUGGUUGGGAGCUUGGAAAUGAAUUGAGUGGGAAUGGAGUUGGAGCAAGAAUAGCAGCAAACCAAUAUGCUGCUGACACGAUUUCCCUGUAUAAGAUAGUGCAACAUAUUUACAAUGAAGCUGAAACUAAGCCUCUAAUUAUAGCACCUGGAGGAUUGUUUGAUGCAAAUUGGUUCAAAGAAUUCAUAGAUAAAACAGGAAAUUCAGUAGAUGUGAUCACCCAUCAUAUAUACAAUCUCGGUCCAGGAUCUGAUGAACAUCUUGUUGAAAAGAUUCUUAAUCCGUCUUAUCUUGAUGGUGAGGCUAAUACUUUCAGAGGCCUCCAAAAUAUCCUCAAGAGUUCUGCAACAUCAGCAACCGCCUGGGUUGGUGAGGCAGGAGGGGCUUACAACAGUGGCAGGAACCAUGUAUCCAAUGCUUUUGUUUAUAGUUUCUGGUACCUGGAUCAGCUUGGUAUGGCAUCAGCUUAUGAUACAAAAACAUACUGCAGGCAGUCUUUGAUCGGCGGAAAUUAUGGUCUACUCAAUACAACUACUUUUGUGCCAAAUCCAGACUACUACAGUGCUCUUCUUUGGAACCGAUUGAUGGGUAGAAAUGUUCUGUCGACGAACUUUACUGGGACAAAAAAGAUACGUGCUUAUGCUCAGUGUGCAAAAGAAUCAAAGGGAAUCACAUUACUGCUAAUCAACCUAGACAACAGCACAACUGUUGAAGUCAAGGUCGCAUUUAACAGUACGGGGACAUUGCAUCAUCAAAAAAAGCAUCAUAGAUGGAAAUUUCUCAAGAGAGGAAUACAAGGUUCUGAAAGUAACACAAGAGAGGAAUACCAUCUAACAGCAAAAGAUGGAAAUUUACAAAGCCAAACUAUGCUACUUAAUGGGAACAUUUUAACUGUAAAUUCAGCUGGGGACAUACCUGUCUUGGAGCCUCUAAAUGUAAAUUUAGCAAAGCCAAUAAUGGUUGCACCUUUCUCUGUUGUAUUUGCACACUUGCCAUAUGUUGUCCCUGCUUGCAGCUAAGUAGUACUAGGUGGAACCGCAACUGGUUCCUUAUAAUGAUUGAUCAAAUAGGAGAUAGAAUACAUGCAAAUGUCACAUUAUUUUUUCUUGAUGAAGAAUAUUGUACAAGUCAUUAUAUGAACUAGUCAUACAUAUAUUUACAAAUAUAAUUCACUCCUUUGUAGUA